CUGAUCGAAUGUCACAACGUUGCUACCUUUUUCAGUGAACGAAUGGCUUUUACUUCUUCUCUGUCUGUUGGUGGUCAAAGAACAACUGGUCAAACAGUGCGAACUCAAAAUGUUCUGGCAGCGCAGUCUAUUGCUAAUAUAGUGAAGACGUCUUUAGGUCCAGUGGGGCUCGACAAAAUGUUGGUAGAUGAUGUUGGAGAUGUAACAAUCACCAAUGAUGGCGCUACCAUUCUGAAACUGCUUGAUGUUGAACACCCUGCUGCCAAAGUUUUGGUGGAAUUGGCCCAGCUGCAAGAUGAAGAAGUAGGAGAUGGAACCACGUCAGUGGUCAUAAUUGCAGCAGAGUUGCUGAAAAAUGCCGAUGAGUUAGUGAAACAAAAGAUUCAUCCCACGUCCAUAAUUAGUGGCUAUCGCCUGGCAUGCAAGGAAGCUGUGAAGUUUAUCAAAGACCAACUCUCCGUGCCUUUCGACGAUCUGGGCUCAGAAUCGCUAGUCAAUGUGGCCAAGACUUCGAUCUCAUCGAAGCUUAUCGGAGGCGUUGAUGGCGACUUCUUUGCCAAUUUAGCUGUGGAUGCAGCUAGAGCUGUCCAGUAUAAUGGACCAGAUGGGUCCGCGAAGGUUCCCGUGAGAUCUGUAAACAUUCUGAAGGCACAUGUUAAAAGUACCAAGGAAUCAAUGCUUAUCAAGGGUUAUGCACUGAAUUGUACAGUGGCAUCGCAGCUGAUGCCGAAGCGAAUUCAAAACGCGAAGAUUGCCUGCUUGGAUUUCAGUCUACAGAAGACGAAGAUGAAGCUGGGUGUGCAUAUAAUUUCAGAAAACGCCGAUCAGCUUGAGAAAAUCAGGGAGCGAGAAGCAGAUAUAACCAAGGAGAGAAUUGCUAAAGUAAUGGCAACGGGAGCAAAUGUGGUGCUCACCACUGGUGGUAUAGAUGAUAUGUGCUUGAAGUUUUUCGUCGAGAAGAAUGCAAUGGCUGUUAGGCGAUGCAAGAAAGGUGACUUGAAAAGAAUAGCAAAAGCCACUGGAGCUACAUUGAUGAGCAGUCUUGCAAAUCUGGAAGGCGAAGAGAGCUACGAUGCCUCAGCUCUCGGGUAUGCCGAGGAAGUUGUCCAGGACAGAAUAUGCGACGAUGAACUGAUUUUCAUCAAGAAUCCCAAGGCGAGAACCGCGGCUUCUGUUGUCGUCCGUGGCGCCAAUGAUUUCAUGUGUGAUGAAGUCGAACGAUCGCUGCACGAUGCCUUGUGCGCUGUCAAAAGAGUUAUUGAGAGCAAGAAUCUCGUAGCUGGAGGUGGUUCUGUAGAGAGCGCGUUGUCAAUCUACCUUGAGAACUACGCGACGACCAUGGCCUCCAGAGAACAGCUUGCAGUCGCUGAGUUUGCGCGAUCGCUUCUGAUCAUCCCAAAAAUGCUGUCGGUGAAUGCUGCACAAGAUUCUGCCGAUUUGGUGUCUAAACUGAGAGCCUUCCACCAUGCGUCACAAACGUCACCAGACAAAGUAGGCUACAAGUUCGUAGGUUUGGACUUGGUUCAAGGGAAGUGUAGAGACAACAAAAAAGCAGGCGUGGUUGAGCCUGCUGUGAGCAAAAUUAAGUCGCUGAAGUUCGCAACUGAAGCAGCUAUCACCAUUCUGCGAAUUGACGAUUUGAUCAAGCUGGAACCAGAGCCGAAAGAGCCUCCUCGUCGUCACUAAAGGGAAGCUGAAAUUUCAGUGGUCAACUCAUUUUCAUGUGGAAAAUGCUGUAAAAUGAAGUUUCUGCAUGUUGAUUGAUUGAUUGGCAAUGUGAAAAAUCGUUGGUUGGUUAAGAUGUUGAAUAAUGUGUAAAAAGCUAAUUCAAAUAUGAACAUUG